AUGGGUAACAGCCCGAGAGAUAGAAAACAUCAACACCACAGCCAUGCGCCCUAUGAGCGAACUGAUGGGUUAAGAGAGAGACAUCAGCGUCAACAUCGCAACCGAUCGCGCAGCAGAGACCAUGAACAACAUCGUGAUAGCUCACACAGUAGGUAUCAGUAUAGUUCCAACGAGGAGCAUUACAUAGGCAGGAAAAGAGAUCGCUCAGCAAGUGGCGCAAGUAGGUAUCAAGCGCCAUGGCAGGAACUAAAAAAGAGCAGUGCCCAAACACCCCAUGCCCAACAUCGUGACAAAAUGGAGGCCUCGAGAUCUCACCAUCAGUCUCGAGCCGAACAAAGCCACCCAGGCGCUCUAGCAGGAAGAGUCGGUGCAUCUUACUCUCCAACACGUCAGCAGAGAGGACCCGAUGGCACGCCAUUUGGCAACCUGCCCAAGUACAAAUCCAAACCAGGCAUAACCUUUGGACUUGGCAAUCAUUUCAUAAACACGUACAAGCAUAUCAAGGCCGAGCACGAUGCUGGAUAUAGACCUAAAGGGUUCAUCGAGAAAGCGUUGGAUGAAGUAAGGAAGAAGAAGCUAGAUAUAAAGACAAGGGAAAAAGAAAUGAACCAUGGUUGGAAUAGAGAAGGGACCUUGAGGAAUGGCAAAGUUCGGAAGAAGCAGCUCGAGAUUGAUGAACGGGAUAAACGGCGGAUUGAGGUCUAUGAAUGGAAGCCUAAGGCUACUGAAACUGAGUCACAGGGGCACCAUCACCAAAACCAAAAGGGCCGUGGGCGGAUGGGUCAAGAGGGUGGGCAGAAAUGGAGAGUUGUUGGCCGGAAGAGUAGUCAGGACGCGCCAGUUCCUGUAAUACGUGUCCAAUCUGCAUCACCUGUUGCAAGUUCUGAACGAAUAAUUCCUCCUGGUUAUGAAACAAGGCCAUUGUCAAAACCCUCAGGGCCUCAAAAGUCUCAGGUUAGGAGUAAGAAGGAGAUGUCUCAAUCUGGAGCAACAUCGCGCGAUCAUCGACGCAGUCAAGAAGCUCCGAUUCCGGGAGAUCACGAUUACAAAGACAAUCAUCAUGAAUACAGACCGAUGUACCCUCAAUCAAUUAUCUUUGAUGCUCCCCAACGCCAUGGCAUAGCUUCCUCUCUCGUGGGCAAUCAAUCGUCAAUAGAGCCGGAAAACGCCUUCAGAGCCUCGUCUCCCAUCAUGUCACAUGGACCUCCGCCUCCCCCUCCGCCACCCGUAUUGAGAGGGACCAGCAAUGGAAGAGCAGUUCUACUCGACUCAACCCAAGGUGAAACCGAGCAGCUCAGAAUAGCUUUCCCAAACAAAAAAGACAAGUCGGCAAGCUCCAGUGCAGGAGGAGUUUUAUACGACCAAACAGAGCACAGCCAGGAGGUCGAAGAGCGAGAACGUGCUCAAGCUGAAGGAUCAAAUGAAGGACGAGACGCUCAGCCAGAACCGAACAGAGCGUUCCGUCAAGACCUCUUGGAUGCACUCCAGAGACGGAGUACUACAGGACCAGGUACUAUCACCCAUGGGUUGACGGCAAUGAGGGAAUGUUCUGAUUAA